CGUGAGGUUACAUUUGGUGAUUUGAAGACGGCCUUCAUGCAGAGCGACAAAGACCACAGCGACAGACCGCGUGGCAAAUUGUACGCUUCUCUCCCACCUGGCGGGAGCUCGCUCGAGGACGGGACCUGGGUGGAGGCCGGCUCUCUGAUCCAGCUCAACACCGCUGUGUGCGGACUCGUCAAUGCACCGGCCGCUUGGCGCAAGACGCUGGUACGUGCAAUUGAAGAUCUCGGGUGCCGUAGGUCGUGUUACGACCCGUGUGUUUUCUGUCUGAUGACGCCCAAAGGCCCAUACGGACAUUUGUUAAUCGAAGUUGAUGACGUUGCUGCUCACGGAAACAGCGUUCACGACGAGAAGAUGCGAUGUCUACAACAACGUUUUCGGUUUGGCAAAUGGAAAACGAUAUACUGCGGCGAGGGUGAUUACGCUGGACGGACCAUGCAACAGCACAGGGACUACGGAUUCCACAUCCACCAGGGGAAGUUCGUCGUCGAACGCCUCUCUCCCAUCACCAUUCCCAAGGGGCGCAAGUCUAACAAGAACGACCCCACUGACGGUGAGCAGUCUCAACUACGAGCUAGCCAAGGAGCCUUCCUAGUCGGCGCCGCGACUCCAGCGCUGUGGGAUUACGAGGCAGCCCCUGUUGCCCUGGUGUCUUACAAGUCCCACCGCCUGCUCGUGGCCGGCCGGACAGCAGAUCCGAACAAAGAGUUGCAACGGUUGAUGACUAUCUGCGACGCUAAGUCUCUGUGCGAUCACCUGAACAGCGAGAGUGCUGGGUGCGCAGCCGACCGCAGGACGGCGAUCGAGAUGCAGAUUAUUCGCUCCUCGCUGGACGCGCAGAACGGGACCGUCCGAUGGGUUGACCACUCAGGGAUGUACGCCGACGCCAUGACGAAGCGCAGCGGUAAUCUUCCACUACUACAGAUAAUGAUGCGCACUGGCCGGUUGUGCAUCACAGAGGAAACCUCGACGCUAGAGAAGCACCGGCUGGACCCGAAUACCCGCAACAGUCAAAGCAAAACGCGGUCAGACCCUGCACAGAGCAGCGGC